GAUUUUGAUAAUUCCGGUUUUAUUUUGAAAAUCGUCGGAAGAAACGUUAGCUUGUUUUGUAUCCGGAAGAAUUUGUAACAAACGGUGUAGAGGAAGAUAAAUAAAAGAAGCACGGUUAACUUCCGUAUUAAUAUCACAAGUAAAGCGGUAAAACAUUUCAUGUGAAGAACAUGGAGGACGAACAGCGGCUGCAGCUCGGAGAAAACUCGGACUGGAUGUCCCGUCUGCCCGACGAGCUCCUGGAUGUCCCGCUGUGGAACUUGGCCAUUCCCGUCCUUUCUCUCUCCAGGAAGCCACGACAGCAUGUCUUUCUGCCUGGAUGUCUCGUCCCCUGUGCAGAGAUCUGAGUCCUGCCUCCUCAGAGUGAGUGACCGGCUGGUUCCCUGCUGGACUCGACCCUGUGUCUACCGCUGGGCCACCACACAGCAGUCUGUCUUGAGUGAUCAGUGUGAUCUUGGUAUUCGUUUCUUGGACCUACGGAUUGCCAGGAAGUCAGCAGGAGGCAGCCAAUUGUUCUUCGCCCACGGCCUCUACACACAGAUGACUGUCAAGGAGGCAUUAGAUGAACUAGCUACCUGGCUGGACUCUCAUCCAAAAGAGGUGGUGAUAAUCUCCUGUUCGCAUUUUGAAUCUCUGACUGACACAGACCACACCAACCUUGUGGAGUAUAUCAUCACACUGUUUGGAGAAAAACUUUGCUCCUCACAGGACACUCCCACUCUGAGUUCCUGCUGGGCCAGAGGUCAACAAGUUGUCGUUUCUUAUGGCAACCAGCAGGUGGUGCUGCAGCACCCUGAGCUCUGGACUGAGAUGACAUACUGGUAUGCCGAUAGCUCAGACCCCAAAAAGGUGAUCGCUUACCUUGAGGACCAGAAACACAGAGGAAGACCAGCUGGUUUUUACAUCAGUGGUCUGAACCUGACAGAGGACGCUCCUUACGUCGUCUUCCAUCCCCUCCAGAACAUGAGGGAGAUGACUAUGAAGGCUCUCUCACUGCUGCUCACCUGGACGAGCGAGCAGCGGCCAGGACCUGAGAUUGGUGGGAUCAACAUCAUUUGCUGUGACUUUGUUGGCAUCAGUCAGUUCUGCUCGCUUGUGAUCAACCUAAACUACAAACUGUUGGGUGGCGCCGGCACGCUCGCUCCUCGCCCUGUCUGCAGGACACUGGGGGACAUUGCACAAAAGUAGAAUUAAUGGCAUCUAGUGGCCAUAACAGCUCGAGAGGAACUUCAAAUGAAUUGUUGCUGUUUUUAUGAUGUAUUUUAAUAUUGUACAUGUUAUGUACUGGUUCAUUAAACUGCAUGUUCCUUUGUUGUUG